GUGGGAGCGCAGGGCGCACGGUGCGGCGCUGCCUCUCCGCAGCGUCAAACAGCCCUCCUUCACAUCGGACAGCCGACAGAAAAAGACAGGUCGACCUACCGCCUGCAUCACAUCCACGCUCUGAACAGCUGACUGGAGCGAGUAAAACGAAGAGUGGACUGUCUCAGCGGGGCUGCUGUGGCCUGGUGAGCCUACAGGGCCAUCAACAUCUCCGACUGGAAGCUCGAAGCGUGUAGCGGUUUAUCUGCGGUACCGUACAGUAGAUUAUUGAGCAGCUCUGAGUGGCUAUACGAGCUAAUGAGACAAACUAACGUUGGUUAUCUGCGGAUGAAGGCACAGUAACAACAGCUGAUCACAGAGCAUAUUUGGCUGAAUGAUCGUGGAGAUGAAACAUCAUGUCACAGUCGGAGAGAUCCUCAGCUGAGUUCUGUGAACUGAAUCAAACCAUCUGCUGGAGCCUCCUCUUGACUCGUGUUUAAGUCAGCAGUUCGGCUAUCCUUCCUCUCUUUCCUGUCCAAACCAGAGCUGGCAGGAUUUAUACUUGGGCAGAUGGUGAGUCACGCCCUCUCUUUCAGUGAAUAGCCGCCCUCACAAAGGCGAAAGGAUCUCAGCUCAGCCUGUAAAUAAAACCCUCUUCCUUUUGCACAGCGUGGGAGAAAGUGCCACUGUGGUGCUGGUGUGGCAUCUCUGUAGGCUGAUAACUGGAAUAAAGGCAGUGUUGAGGGAUCAUCUUUCACUCUGAGCUACUCACCUUUCAUGCCGCGGCCCCUGAGCCGGCUCUCAGGGCUGGACUGUCAGCGGGAACGCAGAGAGACUGUCACGUGGACUCGAUCGGCAGAGUUGCAGGGUGCACAGGUGUAAAGCAUCUUCCUCAUGAGACUGAAGAGGCAUACAUGAGGGAAUAGUUAUGCUAUUGUUUGGAUGACCUUCAUACAGGAUUAAGACUUAUUUUUCUUGGGGCCCGGUGGGGCUGUGUGGUGGGAACAGGGACAGCUGGUGUUGAUUCUUCUGCUUUAUGAGUUUUCAUCACGGGGAGAGCGUGUCUGAGUGGCAGGGGGAGCCAGCAUGGCCAAGGCUCUGCUGAAGAUACAGCGCUAUUUCCGUAGGAAACCUAUACGAUUCUUUUCCCUCAUCCUCCUCUACCUGACCGCCGGGAGCCUUGUCUUCCUGCACUCUGGCUUCGUCGGGGACAGCGGCCCCGGGGCCAGAAGGGGUCGAGACUCUGUGGUAGCUGCAGAGAUGGGAAGCCGGACUUCAAUGUCAGACACUCGGGGGCUUGGCAUCAUGAGUAGAGUGUUUAAGGAAACACGCAGAUCUGGACGGAGGUACGGCCCCCCAUGGAUGAAAAAGGCCAGACAGGACCAGGAGACGGUGCGCCGGGCGGGAGACUACACCAACAACUGGAACCGUGCUCUUAAAGGACGCAGUGCCAAAGAUGUGGACGAUGGAAGAGCAAAGUAUAUCGGCUGCUACAUUGAUGACACACAGAAAAGAGCGCUGAGAGGAGUUUCCUUUUUUGACUACAAAAAAAUGACUGUAUUUCGUUGCCAAGACAACUGUGCAGAAAGAGGGUACAUCUACGCAGGCCUGGAGUUCGGAGCAGAGUGCUACUGCGGUCACAAGAUCCAGGCACCCAAUGCUUCAGACAGCGAAUGCAAUAUGGAGUGUAAAGGAGAGAAGAGCAACCUGUGCGGAGGAGCCACCCGACUGUCCAUCUAUAGGUUGGAGCUGAGCCAGGAGUCGGCGCGUCGCUAUGGCAGCUCCAUUUUUAAAGGGUGUUUUCACAGGCCAGACAAUGUAACUCUGGCACUUCCCUUCAGUGCGGUCAUCCAAAACAUGUCUGUGGACAAAUGUGUGGACAUGUGCACGGAGAGGGAGAAAUCGCUGGCCGUCCUGGCUGGAGAUCGAUGUCACUGCGGCUUCCCGACUUCGCUCUUCUCCCUUCAUGAGCCGGAGGACGAGAGCAUGUGUCUCAACCAUUGCCACGGGGAAGAAUUUGAGACUUGCGGGACCGACGAGUACUUUGUAGUGUACCAGACGCAGGUUCAAGAUAACCGCUGCAUGGACCGGCACUUCCUCCCCACCCGUGCCAAGCACCUGGUGGCCCUCGCUAGUUUCCCCGGAGCCGGCAACACCUGGGCUCGCCACCUCAUAGAACUCGCCACUGGCUUCUACACCGGCAGCUAUUACUUUGAUGGCUCCCUUUACAAUAAAGGAUUUAAAGGGGAGCGGGACCACUGGCGGAGUGGGAGGACGAUCUGCAUUAAGACGCAUGAGAGCGGCAAGAAGGAGAUCGAAUCCUUUGACUCCUGCGUCCUCAUGAUCCGAAACCCCUACAAAGCCCUCAUGGCUGAAUUUAACAGAAAAUAUGGUGGCCACAUUGGGUUUGCCUCUCAGGCCCACUGGAAAGGGAAAGAGUGGCCUGAGUUUGUGAAGAACUAUUCCCCUUGGUGGGCGUCCCACACGUUGGACUGGCUGAAUUAUGGGAAGACCGUCCAUGUGGUCCACUUUGAGAAUGUGAAGAGGGACCUGUUCUCCCAGCUGAAGGGGAUGGUCCAGUUUCUGGAUUUGAAGGUUUCUGAGGACCGCCUUCUCUGCGUCGAGGGACAGAAGGAUGGAAACUUCAAGCGAUCGGGGCUACGAAAGCUAGAAUAUGACCCCUAUACUCCUGAAAUGCGAGCGAACAUCAACGAACUGAUCAGAACAGUCGAUGUUGCCUUGAGGAAAAGGAACAUGUCCUCAGUUCCAGAGGAAUAUAUGCCAAGAUGAUGUAUGUGAUCCCCUCAUGUUAUUUUUUCCCCUGCUUUUUGGACUUUUAUUAAUUAUGUCAACAAACUCUCCACCAUACUUUGUAGGAUUCAAUGACUUAAUUAGAUGUUUCGAUUUGUUUUCUCUCUGAACAUGGGUCCAAGCUGUAGUGACGAAACAUGUAAAACUAUUUUACAUUUCUAUUUUAAGGUUCCUUCAUUUUCUGUUGAACAGCUUCAUGCAUUAAUAGAAGAGGCGGUUUUAACCAGAGAGGUUUGUUUUUCUCUUUGACUAAAUGAAAAGCACUUCUUAUCCUGCUCUAUGCACAUGUGCUGUGUAGGCAUGUGCACAUGCCUUAACAUAAAGAAGGUACAAUAGCUGUGACUACAGAGAGGCUCAUCUGACUGCGCCGGGUGAUUUGUGGCCAAUGAAAAAAACAUGUUGCCCAAAAAAUAUUAUACAAUACUGCAAAGUUUGUUUAAAAACUUAUUUUGUGCAAAAAGGAAUUAUGAGAAUUUAAAACCUUAAAAUGUAUGUGAAUCUUCUGCUGCUAUCAGUUACAGAAAAAUACUAUUUUAUACAUAAACUUUAAAAUGCUAAACCCUUUUGACAGAGGGAAAAAUGCAAUAUGCAGGCUAUAACUACCUGAUGAUGAUGAUGAUACUGUGUGUUUCCAAGUUUUGUAAAUUAUUCAACUUACAAGAGGAAUCUUGUUUUCAGUGAAGAGGUAAAGAACUCGGCUUCUCAUAUUCAAGAAGAGGAAUAAUCCCUCUUGAAGGCACUGACUCAAGGAGAGAGGAGGAUUUAUCUCUACAGCAUUUAUUUAUCUCUGGUGUGCAGUGUACACUCAACUCAUUUGGUUGUGAACAUGUUUUCUUAACACUGGACUCGAUGCAGAAAUCCAAAAAGCACUUUGCUGUGCAACACUUGCCCCAAAGAUCACUGAGGAAUUAGGCAUUACACUCGUAUUAUAGAUCGGAGGUUACCUUUAGCAGUAGUGAUCGUUGUAGAUUUAUUUAAACUGAAUGACAAAACUGUGUUUUUUGUUUUGUUUCUUUGUUAUAAGAAGAGCUAUGAAACAGUUAAAGCUGGUGAUAAUUUUACUCCUCAUAUUUUUCUUUUUUUAAAUCUCCACAAAUGUGUGAAACAUUCUGCUCAGAUUUCAUAAGCAGCACGUCUUAUAACGGUACUCAAUGAGCUAUGCCAUAUGCUUAAAAAUAAACAAAAUAUUUAAAUAGAUACAGGAAUAUAUAAAUAAAUAAAACCCUGGUCACUAAGAGCCAGAAAACAUUAACUGACUUCCAUUUUCAAAAUGAUAUAAAUAUAUUUUUAUAGUGUGUGCUGACACUUUGACAAUAUUUGUAUUGCAACAAGCAAAGCGGGAGAAGUUGUUUCUAUUUUUAACACAUGCUUUAAACUUUUAUUGGCUCGCGCUUUCAUUGACAAGCUGGCACUAAGUGUCACAUUUGAAUGUAUUUUCUAUGGAAUGAAUGUAAUGUGAUAAGGCCCAAUAAAUGAGUAAAUACAAUGA